AUGAGCAAGACCCUCCCUCACCCCCGAGGCUCCAUCUACAGCGCUUCUGAGGUAGCCAAGCACACUACACGCGUGUCUUCCCUCGUCACCUACUCUGGCAAGGUCUACGAUCUCACCGAGUUUUUGCCCGACCACCCCGGAGGAGAUGACAUUAUCCUUGCCUAUUCUGGCCAAGACAUUGGAAAAGUGAUGGGCGAUGAAGAUGUCCAUGUGCACUCGAGAGCGGCGUAUGAAAUGUUGGAGGAGUUCCAAGUGGGAGAGCUCGGUGGUGGCGAAAAGAUCGUGUCUGAAGAUUGGGUCCCCGACGAAAACUUCCACCCGGAUGCCACAGACUGUCUUUCCGACUACAACCUCAACAAGUUUAUCGACCUGGAGAAGCCUCUCUUAAUGCAAGUCUGGAACGCUCCUUGGACCAAAGAGUACUAUCUCGCUCAGGUUCACGAGCCGAGGCACUUGAAGGAAAGCGCAAGGAUGUUUGGCAGUGACCUGCUGGAGCCUUUCACCAGGACGCAAUGGUAUGUGGUGCCCAUCAUCUGGUGGCCCAUCGCUGCUUUCCUUGGUGUACUGUCGAUCUUGCAAUUCUCUCAGAGUGGCAUCACAUCCAAGUCCCUCCUUACCUAUCCUCCUCCUGCCAUCACCUCUCUCCCUGUCCCCACAGCCGCUGCCCUUGCCGCCUUCACCGCUUGCUUUGCUUUCGGUGUCUUUAUCUGGACCGUCCUCGAAUACGUCUUGCACCGAUUCCUCUUCCACCUCGACUACUACCUUCCCGACGCUCAGUGGGCCAUCACGCUUCACUUCCUUCUCCAUGGUGUGCACCACUACUUGCCCAUGGACAGGCUGAGGCUCGUCAUGCCUCCUCUCCUGUUCUUUGUCUUGCAGACACCAUUCACAAAGUUGGCGCAUACCCUCUUCCCCAUGGCUGUCGCGAACGGUAUCAUCAGCGGCGCCUUUGCGAUGUAUGUGGUGUAUGACCUCGGUCACUACGCCCUCCACCACACAAAGCUCCCCGCCUACCUUGCCGAGAUGAAGCGAUACCACCUCGCUCAUCACUACAAGAACUUUGAGCUUGGUUUCGGUGUUACCAGCAAGGUCUGGGACUAUGUGUUUGGUACCAUGUUGAUCACCACCACCAAGUAG